GGCUUGGCUUCAUCGUUGCACAAAAGAAGCUUAAGGGCAGAGAAAUCUUCAGUCAUGAAUCCAGAAGAGCAAGUGGUGACUUGGUUGAUUUCCCUGGGGGCCUUAAAUUCUCCCAAAAUGAUGAUUGGCGACCCGAUGCAAUUCCUCAAGACGUCUCUGAAGGAUGGAGUUGCCCUGUGCAAACUGCUACUCCGACUUCUGCCCGGAUCUAUCGAAAAGUAUUGCCUGGAGCCCAAGACGGAAGCUGACUGCAUUGGCAACAUCCAACAGUUUUUAAAUGGGUGCACAGCACUGAAAGUGGAGCUGUUUGAUGCCCACGAUCUCUACUCUGGAGAAAACUUCUCCAAGGUCCUGGCUGCCCUUUCUUCUCUCAACAGAGCAACGGAAGAUCCAGGCUCGACCAGGAAGCCAUGCUCUCAGCUGCCUCCUCCAGCCACCGGUGACUGCCACCCACUGACCCAAGCAGCAGCAUCUCGGCCAUCAAGAGUGUUGCAGAGGCAGUCAAGAGUCGGGGAGAUGACAGAAAACGGCAGUCACCAGCUGGUGGUUAAGGCCCGGUUCCAGUUUAAGCAGACCAAUGAGGACGAGCUGACAAUCAACAAGGGGGACAUCAUUUACGUCACCCGCACCGAGGAAGGGGGCUGGUGGGAAGGGACGCUUAAUGGGAAGACGGGUUGGUUCCCCAGCAACUAUGUCAGAGAAAUUAAAUCCACUGAUAAAUUGCUCUCUCCUAAGGCUUUGAAAGGGGCUGAAAGUCCUCAACUUACCAAGAAUUACUAUGCUGUGGUGCUUCAAAAUAUUUUGGAAACGGAGCGAGAGUAUGCCAAGGAACUGCAGUCACUUCUAGGAACGUACUUAAAGUCUCUCCAGUCUUAUGACAAGCUGAGUGCCAUGGAUAUAGCAUCUUUGCUCGGAAACGUGGAGGAGAUCUGCAACUUUCAGCAGAUGCUUAACCAGGCCCUGGAAGACUGUGCUAAACUUCCAGAACACCAGCAGAAAGUGGGAGGCUGCUUCCUAAACCUGAUGCCCCAGUUUGCAUCUCUGUACCUCACUUAUUGCACUAACCACCCAUCCGCAGUCAACGUCUUGACCCAACACAGCGAGGAACUGGAGAAGUUCAUGGAAAGUCAAGGAAUGGCCUGCUCUGGGAUAUUGACCCUAACCACCAGCCUCAGCAAACCCUUCACACGGCUGGAUAAAUACAUUUCCCUUCUGCAGGAACUUGAGCGGCACGUGGAGGAGGCACAUCCUGACCAUGAAGACAUUUUGAAAGCCGUUGGGUCCUUCAAGUCCCUUGUGUCUCAGUGCCAAGAGAUGAGAAAGAGGAAACAACUUGAGCUACAGGUCCUUUCUGAAACCAUUCAAGGUUGGGAAGGUGAAGAUAUCCGGUCCAUGGGCAGCGUCCUUUAUAUGUCACAAGUCAUGGCCCAGUAUGGAGGGAAUGAGGAGAAAGAGGAAAGAUACUUCAUGCUGUUCUCAAGUGUUCUGUUGAUGCUGUCAGCCAGUCCUUGCAUGAGUGGAUUUAUGUAUAAGGGGAAGCUCCCCUUAAUAGGAAUGAUGGUGACAAAAUUAGAAGACCUGGAAGGAAGUGAGCACUCUUUUGAAAUUUCAGGAGGCAUGGGAGACCGGAUCACGGUACACUGCAGUAGUAGCCAAGAUUUGCAUGAAUGGCUUGACCACUUGCAAAGGCUGACAAGAGGAACAACUUUCAGUGGUACCCUUUCUAAAACCCAGUCUUGGGGCUCCCAUUCUACUUUCAGCUCUACUGGGCAAGUCCGUGGCCCACUGGAACCACCCCAGAUCCUCAAACCCUGGACCUUGAGUUGCCUCCGCCCUGCACCUCCUCUCAGGCCAUCAGUGGCCCUCAGCUACAAAGAGCGGAUGUCCUACAUCUUAAAGGAGUCCUCCAAGAGUCCAAAGACAAUGAAGAAGUUCCUUCCCAAAAGGAAGACGGAGAGGAAACCAUCUGACGAGGAGUUCGUCAUUAGGAAAAGCACAGUGGCCUUGGAAGAGGAUGCUCAGAUCCUCAAGGUGAUUGAGGCGUACUGCGCAGGGGCCAGUUUUCAGCAGAACGUCACUUCAGGUUCCCGCAAAGAUUCUGUCCCGCAGGUCCUGCUUCCAGAGGAAGAGAAAAUAAUCAUUGAGGAAGUGCGGAGCAACGGGCAGACCGUGGCAGAGGAGAAGAGUCUUGUGGAUACUGUCUAUGCACUAAAAGAUGAGGUCAAGGAACUGAAGCAGGAAAACAAACGAAUGAAGCAAUGUUUGGAAGAGGAGCUGAAGUCCAGGAAAGAUUUAGAAAAAUUGGUCCGGAGGUUAUUGAAGCAAACAGACGAAUGUAUCCGAGAAGAAACAGGCCGCCGUUCGUCUGUGCUGGCUUGAUCCCUUAACCCCUCUCAGGGAGGUUUGCAGCCACGUCGCAGCAUUCCCAGAAAAUGGGCUGACUUUUCUGCUCGCUGUUUUUUUGGGGGAUGCACAUGUAUUUUGCUUCUUCUGUUUUGUUCUUGUUGCGGGGGUGGGUGGGAAAGGAACAGCACUGCUCCGGCCAAUGUUUUCCCUUGUUCGAAAAGCCCAUUUUGCAUGCUGCUAAUGGCCGGCACACAUUUGCUCCGAAGUGGCCGUUCGGGCCCCCUCUGAAUCACAGAAACCUGCCUGCAGCUUCUGAUAGCUCACCACGUCUUCUCCUAGGAAUACACCCUUGGCAAGUGAUUGGUUGCCACUCGGAGUAAAGAUUGCCGAGUGCAAACUUUUCAGAGGAAAUGCAGAAAGAAAAAUGCGCCUGGCCCUUUCCCCUGUCUUUUUGUUUUAAUGCAUGUUACUUAAUUUAUUUUUUGGGGGGGGAGGGCCAGGAAAAACAAGCACCAUUUCUUGAAUUGCAACCAAGUUAAAAGCCAAACAAUGAUUUGCACUUCUUUUUUCAGGUGAUCAGGAAAACAAGAGUGAGGUUUUCCCCCUUGUUGCCCCAUACUUAAGACUGUAGUAACUCCCCUACGUGGCCUUUCUGUAGAUGAUGUUAGGCAAAGGAUCUCAGAGUAUGAUGGAUUUAAUUCCACUGGGGGCCUGCUCUGGAUUCACAGCUUUAGGCUCGUUGCAAAGUAGUGUGGAUCCCCCGAUGCUGCCUUCAAGCAAAGACCCAGCAGCUGAGAGUUAUGCACAUGUACAGUCAUGUAUCCCCACUGAUUUUAUGCUUAAUUAAGGUUGCCCUGGUUAGUCAGUUAAGCAUUUUAAGCAGAGGUAGCUGAGAAGAACCAGGCCCUGCGCAUUAGCCUUUUCCCGCUCCUGAAAAGGAGCAUUUCCAUACUAAGAAGGCACCUGUUUGUGCCAUCGCCUUCGAAAAAAUCACAAAGCAACCCUUCUCCAGUAAUAUCUGAGUUUACACUGGGCAAAAUUUAGGAGGCAGGAUGCCUGUUCUGCAUCGCUUCAUGCGCACUUCAUUUAUUGACUGAUGACUGUUCCUCCACUGAUUUAAACAUCCUGUUUUAAACAUUUUCACUCAAAAGAACAUUUUCAGGGGACAGAGACAGUUGCUCAAAGUUUGAUUAGUCCUGGAAAAGUUUCUUUUUUUCUUUUUUUAAUGUGGAAGGAUGUCUUCUGUUAUGAUGGAGAAAGCAAGUGUUUCAGGUGUUUACCUUUGGGCCAGGAAUAUAGCACCAACUGAAUUUCCCUCUUAGAUAAUACGGGAUUGUGGAUGCUUCAGCAUGCGUUGUUAAGGAGAGACCUUUGUCUGCCUGGGUAGGAAAUGAAAUGAGAAUACUACGUUAAUCCUCACCAAAUGCGAAUUGACCCGUUUUGCCUACAGUAAGUGGGUCUUGUGUGUUGGGUUGCUCUGCUUCGCACUUCGCAUUGGCAGGCAGGAUGGUUUUUUGAGAGCUGCAUGAUAGCAAGAAUGGAAUUUGCUCAAUGAAGCACUGUGGGGGAUAAUAUUUGCAUUCCGGCUGUCAGCUGCUGGACAGAAAAGACGCAACUGCAUUUUUUGUAAGGCAAAGCUCUUCUGCUGCCACAGCAGAUGCAGGUUGAUGCAGCAGAAAAGGACAAAGGCCACCAGAUUGAAGGACGAAGCUGAAAGGUACAAAGAGGCAGAUGCCUGCAAGCUGAGUGAGUGAAAGCUUGUUGUGAAGAGACAGGAUGAAGAGUAUCUCCUAGAAUACCAUACUGCAGUCUGCAGAUCCUCAACUUACUUCAUGGAUGACCUCUCUGGAGUUGGCCUUUUCCUGGUCACAAAACGUCUACGGUUUGCCCUUUUCUACCCACAGGGAUUCACCUUGCCAGACCCCAAAAGCAGGCAGAAUAUUGAAAAAUAUUCUUAACAGCAGCUUGUCAGGCUGUGAGAUCCUAUCUUCCCUGCUAGCUUUGCAGCUAAAAUGAAGGAACGUGCACACCAUUGAAUGCGAACGCUAGCUUCACUUUUGGUCCUUGUCCGCACCCUCCCCUGUAGGCCUUCUUUAAAAAAAAAAGUAUGAUAGGCUUUCCAGUUCAGUUGUCAUCUUAUAAAGGAACUUCUUUAAAAUGUGCAGACAACCUAGACAAUUUGGGGAAGGGGUGGGGUGGAGGAGUGUCUUGGUGGCGUUACAGAUACUGGCCACACAGCACUGAGGAUUGCCAGCUUCUGAGACAUACCUGGUGGCACCUCUCUCCAAACCUUCCUAAAUUCAGCAGUGGAGAGGAAGAGGUAUCUCUGAACUGAAUGCAGAGAUGGUCUUCUGGGACAUCCUGGAUGAUCCUUGGGGCCUUCAAUUAUUUCUGUGCUUCCUUACUACCGGCCAGGUGCUUCCAAGGACUUGGAUCAAUGUCUGCUAAGCAAUUCCAAAACUCUGCCUGAAGCAUGUCAGUGGGUGGUUUGAAAUCCACCUCUCUUCGAUUUUGAGGAGACCCCAGGGAACGAGCAGCUGCACCAUGGCAGGAGGAAGACCAUUAUGCUGAGAUGCUCUUGAGAGUCAAGGAAAAAAACACCAAAUCUCCGGACAUCUCAUAUGAAGGAUCUCUAGGUUGGAAUGUAGGAAGGAGACCUUUUCCAAGAGGAAGAAUCCUUGUUUUCCCCAGGAUUGCUAAUCCCUUUGAGGAAAAAAAACAGCCUUGGACUUCCUUGGAAAGCAUUAAUUCCAUCUCUGCUUGGUCGUGUUUCCUCAAGCCAAGAAAAUCACUGUGCCCCAGGCCUCCAAAAUUUGGGAAAUGCUGGCCUUAUUAUCUGAAUACAAUAUUUGCUUUCACUAUAUCCACCAGGUUGUGUGUGUGUGUGUGUGUGUUUAAGGAAAAUUAAGGCUGCAAAAAUCUUAAGCCCAUGUUUUUCGGAGGUCCCACUGCACUCAGAGAACUUUUCAGUAAAAAUGUAUAGGAUUGUGCUGUUAAAAAACAAAAGGAAGAAUAUACAACGGAACUAAAGGAAUCGAAGCCAUGUAAACCUGAUUGGAUAAUAUAUAAAUAUAUAUAUAUAUUUACAGUUCUAUGUAAAUAGGUUUCUGUUAAGACCCUACAUUAUUUGUUUCCUUCUUUGCUUUUCAGUUUCUCUCUCAUUGUGUUUUUAUUUUCCAUCACAACCACUGAUGCAAGCCAAACCCUUUUUCUAAAAUAUUUUUAUUUUGAGCAAUUUUUAAAUUUUGGUUUUCAAGGAAAUAAAAGAGGAUUUUUAAAAGAAAA